AUUUUCUGAAAACAUUAUAAAUAGCAAGUUAACCUAGUCCGGAAAACCCUAGAAGGCAGAAGGCAAAGCGUAACGCAGAGCAACACACUCUCACUUUGGACACAGCCGCCUCUGCUCGUACCGGACCGAGAUGAAGUUCAAUAUCGCUAACCCUACUACGGGAUGCCAAAAGAAGCUUGAAAUUGACGAUGACCAGAAGCUUCGGGCAUUUUUUGACAAGAGGAUCUCACAAGAGGUCAGCGGAGAUGCUCUUGGAGAGGAGUUUAAGGGUUAUGUAUUCAAAAUCAUGGGAGGUUGUGACAAGCAAGGGUUCCCAAUGAAGCAGGGAGUGUUGACCCCUGGCCGAGUCCGUCUCUUGCUUCACAGAGGAACACCUUGCUUUCGUGGAUAUGGAAGGCGCAAUGGAGAGCGCAGGAGGAAGUCCGUGCGUGGAUGCAUUGUCAGCCAAGACCUUUCUGUUUUGAACUUAGUAAUCGUGAAGAAGGGAGACAAUGAUCUGCCUGGUCUUACUGACACUGAAAAACCAAGAAUGAGAGGUCCCAAGAGAGCUUCAAAGAUUCGCAAGCUCUUUAAUCUAUCAAAGGAGGAUGAUGUUCGCAAGUAUGUGAACACUUACCGCAGAUCAUUCACAACAAAAUCUGGAAAGAAGGUUAGUAAAGCACCCAAAAUUCAAAGGUUGGUUACCCCAUUGACUUUGCAAAGGAAGCGUGCAAGAAUUGCUGACAAGAAAAAAAGAAUUGCCAAGGCAAAGGCUGAGGCUGCUGAGUACCAGAAGCUACUUGCCUCAAGAUUGAAGGAGCAGAGAGAAAGACGUAGUGAGAGCUUGGCUAAGAAGAGGUCCAGGCUCUCUUCUGCUUCUAAGCCAUCAAUUACAGCUUAGUUCUUGUGUGUUUUUUUGCUCUGACUAUCAGUUUUCGUAGCCAAGAUGAAAUGUUGCCGAGUCUGUUUAUCUGAAUUUCCAUACCCUUGCGGUGUUUCAUUUGAUGAUUAUUAAAGCGCCUUGAUCCUACUUAGAUUAUUGGAUUACUUGUGCCAUCUUGACAAAUUCCUAUACUCGUGAGAAAACAUUAUUGAAUUUUGCGUUAGAGAUCAGUUAUUCUUA